AUGCAAAGGGAGGAGGAGUCACCGGAGUGCUGGUCGGACUGGCCACAACUUAUUCUCCGACCUCUCUGGGUUCCAGCUCCUACUGCUAUCUCAUGCCUGGAAGAAGGCUUCCUAGUGUGCUGCGAUGAGCAACCCCUUCACUGCUGGGUGGCCGAAGUUUCGCCGCUGGCUGCACGGGCCGCCAGCGGACGGGGCAGCGGAUGGCCAGGAUGCCAAGACGUAUUGCGAGAUCUUGUGCAGGGACACAUCGCUUGCAGGACCUGUUUCACGAAGCCUUCGUGUUCUUCAACUUUUGAGGCCGCUUACACCGCAAACCCGGCAGUUUGUCUUCUGAGACCUCAGACGUGUCUGCGGGAUUUCCUGGCAAAGCUCCGGGAACCUGUGGGCGCAUUGGGCGAUCCACCGGUGAGGAUUGGUGCCCAUCUUGAUUCCAAGCUGACGGUCGGUAUUGCUGCGCACCCAGUUCUACUGGACGUUCGGUCCAUGGAAGCCCUGGUCUGUGAGUUCUGCGAACUGUUCAAUGCAUCCUUCGAGAAGUCCAGGCUCCCUGUGAGGGACAGAUUGGACAGGGCUGACUUCGCCCAUUGGCAGAGGUGUGCAGAGGCUUCGGGGCUUUGGAGCUCGGCUGUUCUGCGCCGGGUCAAAGCACUCCGCGAGUUUGCCAUUCAAACUCCCAGGGACGAACCAAGAAAGCGCUUUACCGGAAGCAAACAGAGCGAGCACCUGCUGGAGCACCUUCAUCUUCCGCUGCGGUGUGCGGCUACAGAGUUGCAUGUGACAGAACUGGAGCUUUUCUUGGCCAUGUUCGUACUCUCACUUCGAAGCUGGCGACACGGAUUGGUCUUUGGCUUGCCGCAGUCUUACAGACAGGGUUUGGACAUUGUGGGCUCCUGCACCAACACUCUUCUUGCCUGUCUGAAAACGCCUUCCGACACUUCGUUGCUCCAGGCAGCCCAUCACGUCCAUGCUGAGCUGCAGUCUGCAAGGCGCGAUGGGGCCGCCCCAAUCGUGGAGAUCGCGAAGGCCUUCUGUGAGCGGGAGGAGCGGUCGGUUCUUUACGACGUCUUCUACGACUGGCGACGACGUCCCCAGUUGGACCGGGCUGUGGUCACCGAGGCCUUGGGUUCGGCGUUCAGGAGCAGUUUUGCCGACUUGGAGAUUCUGCUCUUGGCUGACGGCCCUGGUGGUCGUGGCGAUACCGACGUCAGCUUCGUCUACCGGCCUGAGAUCAUCUCUGCCAGCACUCUGCAGCACCUCAUGCGACAGUUGAAAGAUCUUGUGAGAGGCGGCGCCCACGUCGGGGCGGCCUCUAUGACGACGAAGACCUUUCAUCUUUCAAAUGCCGAGGCCUCUCUCCAAGAAGACUCGACAGGCGGUGCCCUGGAUUCCCUGACUGGCAUGAGAGCAGUUGUCGCUGCAGCUCUGCCGCAUGAGGCUAUUUGCGACGACCUGCCUUUGGAGAGCCUGGGUUUGGACUCGGUGUCCGCCGUCUUUCUACAGGGUCGCCUUUCAGAGGUUUUCGGGCUUGUGCUACCGGCGUGGCUGAUAGCUCAAAAAUCAACGAUGCAGCUAUCUUCGGCGGCCGGGCUUGGCGACCCUUGCAAUGACGGGAAGCUGGCAAGAGGUAGGAAGCUUCAAGCUCGAUUGGCUGAGGAUGAAGACUGGCAAGCUUUGGCCAGUAUAUGGACUCAGCAUCAUCAUUUGCUAGAAAUGGUACCGCAAACGACUGGGCUAUUGCUCACAGGGCCGCCGGCUUGGCUUGCAACUUGUGCUUUCCUGCUGAGCCUCCUGAGAUUGGAUUGGAGUUCGCCAACCGCUUUGCAUUCAGGUGAGAGUUUGGAAAGCCUGCAGAAAGACGUUUGCUUCAGGGCCUCGGUGUGCUACGCAGUGCUCGUCCUGCUCCAGCACUUCCUGCACGCGCUGCUGGCCCGAGCACUGCUCUCUUGGGACCUCCGCCACGGCGAGUUGGCGCCAAAAGGAUGGAAGAAUGCGAGGAAGGAUUCGAAGGCGGCGGCCGUGGUUUUGGUGGAACAGCUCCAGCUCGAUGGCACCUCGGGAGCCGACGGAGCCGAGGUGCUUGGGGUUGUGUGCGUGCGUGCAGGCAUGAACCGUGAUACAUCAGGGGAAUGCUGGCCGUUUUGGUUUGGGAGAAAACGACCUACCGUGACCAGAGUGGCAUCUUUAUGGCAUGCCGCGCUAGUCCCAGUAGCACGGAACCAGGGAGCAGCCAAGAUUUUGGUUGACUUCGCAGAACGCUGGGCGAUGGACAUCGGGGCGACAAGACUGGAAGCUGUUUGCCUCAAUCAGGCCGCUAAGGCCGCUUGUUGGAACAUGGGCCUCGAGCUUUGGAACCCACGGAUCGCUCGCUUGCCGUUGGCUCCGGCCUUCUUCAAAAAGCCGCUCCGAACCGGAGCAAACAUCCCAAAGCCAGGAUGA